AUAUCCCUUUUCUAUGACUUUGCGUCGUGCGUGUUUGGUUGCUUUGAAGUUAUUGUUUAUAAAACAUAUUUGUUUAAUUUAAACAAUUGAUCGAUUUUCGUCUUCUUUUCGUUUUAUCAGAAGUCUUUUCACAUCAAUGGGUAAAAGCUCCCGUGCUAAAAAUAACGAUAAAAUGAAUUUUGCUCAGAAGAGGCGUGCUAGAGAGAAUAAAUGGAAUGAAGAUGCUCCGAGGCGACAGCCGUACAGUGAUAUUGUAAGAGAAAAUCCUGACUUCAGCAAAUACUACAAGAUGCAGAACAUCGUCCCGGAGGGCGAGUGGGACGCGUUCCUCGCGGCGCUGCAGGAGAACUUGCCGACGGCGUUCCGCAUCACGGGCUCCAAGGCCGAGGCGAGCAUGCUGCUGGCCAUCGUGAGGGGCCAGCUGUUCUCGGAGCUGCUGAACCCGGCCGCCGGCGGGCCGCUAGCCGCGGUGCAGCUGCCCGUCUGCAUUCCCUGGUACCCGGACAACCUGGCGUGGCAGCUGACGCUCAGCCGCAAGGACAUCCGGCGCUCCGAGUCCUACUCCCGCCUCCACAACUUCCUGAUCACGGAGACCAACUGCGGGGGCAUCAGCCGGCAGGAGGUUGUGAGCAUGAUUCCACCCAUAGUGUUGGACGUGAGGCCCCACCACAAGGUGCUGGACAUGUGUGCCGCGCCCGGCUCCAAGACGGUGCAGCUGAUAGAGAUGCUGCACGCAGAGGAAGCCGUGCCAGCGGGGGUCGUGGUGGCCAACGACGUGGACAACAGCCGCUGCUACAUGCUGGUGCACCAGGCCAAGCGCCUCAACUCCCCCUGCCUGCUCGUCACCAACCACGACUCCUCCGUCAUGCCCAACAUCACCGUCACGGGAGAAGGUGGCGAGAAGACGAUGCUGAAGUUUGAUAGAGUUCUGGCCGAUGUUCCUUGCUCGGGCGAUGGAACUCUCAGGAAGAACCCGGACAUCUGGAUGAAGUGGAACUCUGCCAAUGGCAACAAUUUGCACGGGAUCCAGUACCGCAUAGCGAAGCGAGGCGCGGAACUGCUGACUGUGGGGGGCAGACUGGUAUACUCUACCUGCUCCCUCAACCCCAUAGAAGACGAGGCAGUGAUGCACAGGCUGUUGGUCGAGACACAAGGUGCGCUGCAGCUGGCCGACGUGACCGCCCGGCUCCCGGGGCUGAAGUUCAGGCGAGGCGUGUCCCACUGGAGCCCCACGUCCCGCGACCUGGUGGGCUACGAGAAGUACGAGGACGUGCCCGAGAAGUGGACCACGCUGGUCCGGCCCUCCAUGUUCCCUCCGGCGCCGCAAGACGCACACAAGUUCUGUCUGGACCGCUGUAUCCGCAUCCUGCCGCACCACCAGGACUCGGGAGGGUUCUUCAUCGCGGUGCUGGAGAAGCUGCGGCCCCUGCCGUGGGAGUCUGCCGGCAGGCCGGAACCCGCGGGUGCCCCGGAGGACAGUGCUGCCAACCCCCCCGGCGACAGUGCGCCUCGGGAGCCGCAGAGGAAGCGCAGGCGCGUGCAGACGUACAAGGAGGAUCCCUUCCUGUUCCUGGACAAGGAUGAGCCGAUCUGGCCGUCCAUCAGGGAGUUUUAUGAUUUGAGUUCUGAGCUGCAGCCAUCCCAGUUCCUCACGAGGUGCAGGGAAGGAAAGAAGAAGAACAUUUAUUUGACGUCGCCCAGCGUAAGGGACAUAAUCGUGAACAACGAGGAUAAAAUAAAGAUAAUCAACACUGGAGUGAAGACGUUUGCCCGGAGCGACAAUAAAGGCACAACUUGCAAUUUCAGGCUGGCCAAUGAGGGCAUUCACUCCAUCUUCCCGUACGUGGGCUCCAAGCGGAAGGUGCGGGUCGGGCGGAAGGACAUGAUAACCCUCCUGGACAUGAACAGCCCUGCCUUCCCGCCGCACUUCGACCUGCUCAGCGAAGAGGCUCGGCAGCAGUUCCAGAACAUAGAGCAGGGCAGCUGCGUGCUGGUGUGUGAGGACCGCCCGCCGGAGGACCAGCCCGACUACCCCCCCCUCUCCCUGGUCACGGCCGGCUGGAGGGGGGCCACCUCGGCCCGGGCCUACGUCUCCAGCCCCGACUGCGUGCGCUACCUGCGCCUGUGCGGCGCCGAUGUGUCAGACUACGAGGUGAAGAAGGCCUUCAAAGACAAGUCGGCGAGCGAAGGGGGCAGCAGGGACGCGGAGGCGAUGCGGAUGGAGGUGGAUGGCUUGGUCUGUGCCCCAGGGGCCGGUGAUGGGGUGCCACCGUAAAGUGGGUAGCAAACACCAUCCUCGUCACAAUGACUGGUUAAGGGUCGGGAACGCAAGUACUCACAGGUUAGUAUACUUCACAUUUUGCAAAUGAAUGAAGUUUAGGGUGCAUAAAUUUUGUUUCAGAGGUUUAUGAGUCGCUAGGAUCUUGUAUUCAGAGAUUGAGGACUUAGCUUCGUGUUACGGUACCACCACUGUGGACGUCUCGGUUACUGGCCGUAGGUUUAUCUGUUGAUUGGCGAGGCACUGAGCAACAUCUGUCAAGUAGCGCUACGGCUGUCGGAUAUCACUGCUGGUUCAGGUGGUCGUGGUAUUUCAUGCUCCAGCGCCGCCCCAGUCUCCUAUAAUCCCUACAGUUUUCACUCUUAAAGCCAAACCACCAUUCAAAUAGUGAACCAAAUUAGUGCACACUAACCGGAAACCCAACUUCAAGACACCUGUAAUUGUCCAUGCUGUGCUAAAUACCAACCCUGAACUUCAUUUAGCAGUGGAUGGACACCCAAACAUGUCUUAUUCAAGGUGAUACCAUCGUAUCUCAGAAAACCUGCUAUUCCACCUACUGGAAGCAGAGUAUUGGCCUCUCAAUGAUUAGUCACUGAGCAGACAAUUAGUCACGACUGUUGUCUUUAGUACCUUAAUACAGAGACUCAAAUUAAAUAUGUUGAGGCAGCAAUCUCUGAUUAUUAUCUCUCUUGCACCUUCACAUCAUGAGCACUGUAUAUUUUGUGUUCCUACAUCUUAACUACAAUCUUUCAUAUUUCUCUCCACAUUCUAAUUUUUUUUUAGAGCUGAGCCAAUAUACUUGUUCUGAUGUACCAAAACAGGCUGAUGAUGUCAGUAUCGUAAAUUUUGAUGCGAAUUUGAGAUGGACCAUAAUUGCCACGUUUAGCGGUCUGAACAGUAAGUUCCUAGUUUUAUUACAUAAUGAGUAAAUGAGAAUUACUUUAAUAAUGACUUGUAAAUAUUUUAUGAUGAAAAUAAUAAUACAAACGUGUGUGCAUAAAUACAGCAGUACUAUCCUGACCCCAGAACCAUAUUUUUCAUAUUGUUCAACUUUUUCUAGAUUGAAAAUACUUCUUUUAUUGAAAUAUUAAUAUACUAAUGACGAAAAGGACACUUGUUUAUGUAGGAUGUCUCUUUGUGGCCAAAGUAGUUGCACUUCAUAAAUUUUAACAAGCUCUUGCUAACUUCUUACAGUAUAAAGAAUGAGUUUAUUGUUCAAGUGAACAGUUAUUUCAAGUUCAUUACUUUGUGCAGCCGUGUACAUAAGCCCCAACGGGAGAGGGUGGUGCCGUGAUGAAGCGAGUGCUAGGCCUCUAUGCAUCUUCACCUGACAAGUAGGGACACGAUUAUAUGGCAAAUUGCGAUAUAACAUAAAUAACACCGUAAAGCAUACCAAUGCAACAGACAACACCAAAAUGCAAGUUAAUUCAUCAUUUAGCACCAAAAUAUAACUAAACAAUGAAAUAAAUCUUUUUUCAUGGUAAAGCAUUGAAUAUAAUUUAAUAAGGAUAUUUUUUGUACCAGAAUAUGUGACCUUAAUGGAGUGGAAAAAAUGAAUAUAUUGUUUAAUCUUACAUCUUGUAAAACUAUUUUUUUUUUAUCCAUUAAUGAUGGCACGUGUUUCAAGCACACAAAAAAUUGCUAAUUUAUUUUUACUUUUCUGUUGUAACCAGCUUUUUGCAUAUAGCUCCAGGCAUGCACACAAAAACUCACCAAAGUUUCAUCACAAUCGUAUGAAUGGUUUAGGGAUGCAUAUGGGACAAACACACACACACAUUUAUGUAUAUGCAUUAUUAAAAAUUCAUUAAAUUAUUUAUAACUUGAGUUUUAUGCUGUAUGCAUAAUUAAUAACCUACAAACUAAAAUUAUUUGAUUUUGUGAAAGAUACAAUACAUUAUGUAGCUAAAAUAUUUGUUCUGAACCAUAUUAGAAACUACAUCGACCGGUAGGUUUUCUGUGUUUGAAUACUAGCUUGUGAGCACCUUGUUCCUGUCAUUUAAUCAUUGAACAUUGGUGUUAUUAAGUGAUUUAAAUGUGUUUGUGAAUUAUUUUUGUUACAAUGGUAUGUAUCACCAACUGAUAUGUACAGGUAUACAAUGAACUUUUUUUUGUUGUAAUGUUAUUUAAAGAAUAAAAAAUGUUUUGUAAUAAA